AUGGAACAAAAUCUCAAAUUGUCAGAUGCAGGUGAUUUGCUUGCAGACCCAGCUAAAUACAGGAGGUUGGUGGAUCGUCUAAUCUACUUAACUAUCACAAGGCCCGACAUCACAUACGCUGUUCAGGUCCUUAGCAGGUUCAUGCAUGAACCUCGGAAGCCACAUAUGGAAGCGGCACUUCGCAUCUUGAAAUAUCUUAAGAAUACCCCAGGACAAGGCCUUUUCUUUCCAGCUCAAAAUAAUUUAAAGUUGAGUGCCUAUUGUGAUUCUGAUUGGGCUGGCUGUCCUACCACUAGGAGAUCCACCACUGGCUACUGUGUCUUUUUAGGGAACUCACUGAUUUCUUGGAGGACAAAGAGACAGAAAACUGUGUCUCUCUCUUCCGCGGAGGCAGAAUAUCGAGCCAUGGCAGGUACUUGUUGUGAACUCUCUUGGUUGCGAAGCUUGUUACAAGACCUACAGUUGUCACAUCCAGAGGCAGCAACACUUCAUUGCGACAACACAGCGGCCUUACACAUAGCCGCCAAUCCUGUGUUCCAUGAACGCACUAGGCAUAUAGAGAUGGACUGCCACUUUAUCAGAGAUAAGAUUCAGGAGGGUUCAAUUGUCACUAAAUACAUUGCUUCUGCACAACAGAUAGCAGAUGUGUUCACUAAACCUUUGGGUAAAGAUGCUUUCACCAGCAUGUUGGGCAAGUUGGGAGUUCUUGACAUCCACUCUCCAACUUGA